CUUCUUCCUCCUCGCCGCCAUCUCGUGAUUGACCCAGCAGACGAUCAUCGCCAUUUUUUUUUCCUCCAACAUGACCGACCAGCUUUGUAAACUCUUCGUCGGCGGUUUGAACGUGGACACCGACGACGAUGGCCUGCGCAAGCACUUCGAGCAGUACGGCACCCUGACCGACUGCGUCGUGGUGGUGAACAAGCAGCUGCAGCGCUCCCGCUGCUUCGGCUUCGUCACCUACUCGGCGCCGGAGGAGGCCGACGCGGCCAUGGCGGCUAGGCCGCACACCGUCGACGGCAACGCGGUCGAGGUGAAGCGCGCCGUGGCGAGGGAGGACGCGAACAGACCGGAGGCCCUCGCCAAGGUGAAGAAGAUAUUCGUCGGCGGGCUGAAGGACGACAUCGAGGAGGACCACCUGACCGAGUACUUCAGCCAGUACGGCCAGAUCGAGAAGGCCGAAGUCAUCUCGGAGAAGGAGACCGGGAAGAAGCGCGGCUUCGGCUUUGUUUACUUCACCGACCACGACGCGGCCGACAAGGCGGUCGUGGUGAAGUUCCACACCGUGAACGGACACAAGGUCGAGGUGAAGAAAGCCCUCACCAAGCAGGAGAUGCAGGCGGCCGGUAGGACCGGUAUGGCGCCGAGGGGCAGACCGGGCAGAGGCAUGAGGGGGAAUCAAAAUGGCUACGGCAGCAGGGACUACGGCGGAAACUACAACUACGGAAAUGGCGGAGGCUACAACUGCGGCGGCGGCGGCUACGGGGGAGGGUACGGCGGACCGUAUGGGGGUGGCGGCUACGGAGACCAGGGGAGCGGGUACGGAGGUGGAAACGGCUACAAUGAGUUUGGCAGCGGGUACGGCCAGCACUCGUCUGGUUACGGCCCCAUGAAGGGAGCUCCCUUCGGCGGCCAGAGGAGCGCUGCGCCCUACACCAGAGGAGGAGGCGGCGGCGGCGGAUACCCGAGGGGCGGGUACGGCGGCGGCGGCUACUAAAGAGACUACACAAUGGAAACCAAGCGACCCCCACCCCCUCCUGCCUAAUCCGAAACAACGGCAGACACGGACAGAGACCCCCCCUAAUCAUAAUGAAGACCUCAAACCCCCCAGAAACAGGUUGCUACGGUAACCUGGCUAACAUCACCCUGAACACUGACGGGGUGUGUGUGGUUCUCCAACGCCAACGGGGGGACCGGAGAGUGGUUGUGGCCUUUCUCCCCCUCAGGUGAAGUCAGUUUUCACAAAGGAUUCCCCAGUGUGGUCUGAAAUGCAUUUCAAAGAGUCUGAUAUGAUGAUUUUAUUGAAGGUUUUGGUGGGUUUUUAAAAGACUUUUGAUAACACAGUGCCCCAGUGCGACUAUCAGGCUCUUUUUACCGAUGACGAGCACCAACUUUUACUACUGAUGGAGCCAAACAAGCCUUGUAGUUUUUAAUCUUGUGACCUUGGAUUUAUUAAGGUGCUGACGACCCAGGAGAGGAGUUUGCACUCUGGGCACUGUGGGCUUCAAAAUAUAAUAAACAUUUGAUUAUAAUAUUUGUCUUGUGUUUUUUAAACAGUAUAUUAUGUGAAUUUCAUGGCCGUAAGAUGGUUACACUUUCCCCCCAAUAUCAAGACCUGAAAUAUGUGAGGAUAAAUAUACUAUAUUUUGAUAUUUAUGGGCGCCCCUCACCGUUUAAACCAGCAUCAACAGUUCUACCUUAAUGCGCAGAUGUAUUGAUGAGCGUUUGUCUGCAGACUUGGAAGACCAGGAAUGAUGGGAUGUCACAUGUGUCUUUACCGCCAAGUUAAUCAGGAAGUAUACACUGAAGUCACUCUAGAUGGCUCCGCCUCAGUUUGACCUUUUUUAAAGGGCAAUGUUUGUGUACAUUGAUGGACUUUGCGUAACGAACUGUAUAUUAUGUCACCAUACAACCCAGUGGAAACAGAACAAGAUCAACUGACCGUUACUGAACUGUGUAGAGUCAUUUCUCUUUAUUACAAUGCCUUUAAGCUUUUGAAGACAACCAGUGGUGUUGCAGAAUAUCAUGUAAGUAAACAGGCUGAUCAUACAGGUCAGAAGAAUCAACGCCGUCCGGUACACUUGAACAAUCCGAAGUGAGCAAGACAACUCUGCCAUAAACUCUACUUAUGAUUUUUUCAGUUUUUGUUGACUGUAAGGUUUAACGUCUGUUUAUUAAUGAGGUCUUAGUGCGUGCUGCUGUUGUACAGUGGCGUUAAUAUUAUAGCCCUCAUAUGUAAAAGCAGUCCAGUUAAACACUGCUGCACAACUACAAUCUGUUGGUUAAAUGAAUGCUUCAGUGUCAGCAAUAACUGAAACAUUAUAAACUUUGUAAAAGUAGACUGUAUGGCGGCAGUUGUUGUGUUGGCUCUCAUACAAAGUGUACUUAAUGAAGUGGCUGGUCGGUGUGUUUGUAUUUGACCUUAAGUGCACAUGAAAGUUGCGUUGAAGAGGCUCUGGCGGUGCAUAUCAAGUCCAUGGCCUAAAAUAUUUUCUAACACACUUCUGGUUGCUUCAGUCCGAGCCUGUGGCAUCCUGGAGAGCAAAUAUUCAGGUCUUCAAGUCUGCGGACUAAAUGUUGAUCGAUACCCAAAAGAAAAGGCAACAUUCCUGCAGUCUGUGCUGUAGAAGUCGGUCUGGGGUUUUAUAUUAAUUGGUAAAAUUUCAAUAAUGCUCUCAUGUGUAACUAUCAAGAGCGCUUAACGAGCUCUUGAUAAGCAAACAAUACAUCUGACAGUGUGAACGCGAUUCAGCAGAGAUGGCCUCUGUAAUUGGACAACAUUUGGAAAUAUCUGGACCUGAUCUCAAACCAAAACAGAAGUAACUCCCCAGUUUUGGAGGGAAAGGAGCCACAAUCCUGUCUCAUGUACUGUGAAGCUUCAGCAGAGUCCUGUGUGUUUGAUGUUUGACUUCUGACGGGAGUGUAAACUUUACUUUGUUCUGUUACUCUUAUAGGAUAAUGAUGCUUGAUGAUUUCUGACCAUCCCGUAGGAAAAGAAAACAUGUUACGUUGGCGGUGCUUUUUAUGAAUCUACAAUAAAUAUUUAUAUUUUUAUACACCAA